AGUCUAGGGCAAAAUGACAUGUGCUUUCAAAACAAUCUCCGUUACUUUCCAUGCAGAUAGUUAUCAAAUAGACACUUUAUUGUCUUCACAUCUAAUUCUAAUCUGACUGUUCCCUAGAUGGACAUCAACCCAGGCCCCGACGGCCGUUUCGGCUUCACCAUCGUGGGAGACUGCCCCCUCUUGGUGGAUGACUGCCUGCCCAACUCCCCAGCGGGCCGCAGCGGCCUCCGGGUCGGCGACUAUGUCAUGGAGGUCAACGGGAUCCCCGUCAAGCAUCACGAAAUGGCGGCGGCCAUGAUCAAGGUGGCACAGGGACGCCCACUGCGUCUGGGCGUGCUCAGUAUGAGACGGAGGAUCAAGCGCCUCAGCCACAGUAUGAGGGAGGUGUCACUGAGCGGGGAUAGUAUCAGGCAGGACCGUGCACACAAGGCCCUGGAGUUUAACAAGAAGGUGGAGGAGGUGCUUGGUGAUGAGCCAGAUAUAAAGGAACAGCUGUUUGGUGUUCUGAAGCAGUACGCAGCCGAGCGGAACGUGGAGAACCUAGCUGAAGCCCUCCCAGACAUCUUAAUCAAUGAGGACCAUCAGCAGCUGAUUGACAGCGUCAGAAUCUUCAUCCCCAAAAAGCACCGGGAGCGCUUCGAUGAUGUUGUGUCCCAGAGCCUAAUGGGCCGGCUCAAAGGGCGGAGCUUCAGCGACCCCAGCCGCAACCACCUGCGCCGAAGCCGCAGCGAGGACCACCCGGAGCGACUGCUGGUGUCCACUCGGGCCAGCUCUGUCCCCCGAACGCAUGCCGAGGAGGGCGUGAUGCCCCCCAUCCGUGGCCUCAGGAAGACCACCUCACUCACCGCAGGGCACGCUGGCAACGCUGCAGCCCUUCGCAGGACGGUGAGAGUCUGCAAAGGGAACCUAAGUUUUGGAUUCACCCUCAGGGGCCAUGCACCUGUCUGGAUCGACUCAGUCAUCCCAGGGAGUCCAGCAGAUAAGGCGGGGCUCAAACCUGGAGACCGCAUCCUGUUCCUCAAUGGACUUGACAUGCGGAGUUGUUCCCAUGAGAAGGUCGUCUCCAUGCUACAGGGCAGCGGUGCCAUGCCCACCCUGGUCGUGGAGGAAGGCCCCCCCACCUUCACGCUAGCCGAGCCAGAGCAGCCAGGAGGGCCAGGUAGGGCGUCCCCGGGUGGAGGCGUGCCCCGCUCCCCAGUGCUCAACUCCCUGCAGUGGGUGGCUGAGAUCCUGCCUCCCUCUAUCAGGGUCCAGGGGCGCACCUUUGGACAGCAGCUGGAGCACCUGCUCACCAUCCAGGAGAGAUACACCAUCUGCAAGGCCCUGGAGAGCUUCUUCCAGCAUAGGAAUGUUGACACUCUGAUUGUGGACGUGUUCCCGGUGUUGGACACGCCAGCCAAGCAGGUGAUCUGGCGGUUUGUCUACCAGCUUCUGACCUACGAAGAGCAGGAGCACUGCCAGAGCAAGAUUUCACGUUUCCUCGGUUACAAGGCUGCAGCGCCAGCCCCCCCACCUGAGCCAGAGCCCGCCCCCGAGCCCCAUCGCCGUAGCAGCUCCAUGAGAGUGACAGGAACCGCCUACAGGGCCAGCAUGCGUGGGCGGAGCUCUGACGACCUCAUCAUCGGCACUCACCUGGGGAUGGGGAUCCGUACUGAUCCAGUGGAGAUGGGGAUGAGGCUGGCUCCAGGAGAGAGACAGUCAGGAGACGGGACGUCCCUCCCAGAGACCCCCAACAACCUCACCAACCUGUCUGCGGUGUAUGCUGAGCUGGAGAACGUGUACUCAGGGAAGAGGUCCAAGUCUCUGAAGGCUCGCGCUCCUCCUCCGGCGGACAGUCUGGUAGAGCUGGAGGUCCUCGAACACGCAGGCUCUCCGUCCAUGCACGCUAACACAGGUAGCCGUAAGGGCCCCCCACCACCUCCCUCCGCCUGGCAGGAGCCCCUCCCUAGCCCCCCUGCCCCGGUCCAGUUCUACCCCCCAGGUCUCACCUCCCAGACCAGUGCCGAGUCUAACCCCUACAUCAGCCUAGACAGCCCCCCUCCCUCGCCCCCCGACUACCCUGCCAGCCCACCCUCCCACGCCCGUCUCAAUAAGAGGCGCUACACUUUCUCUCAUCCGCCGCGCUCCUCUGAUACAGACCGGUUCCUGGACGCACUGAGCGAACAGCUGGGUCAGAGGGUCGCCAUUGUAGACGACUUCCUGUCACCCGAAAACGACUACGAGGAGGAUGUUGUCCAGAUGAGCUUCCCAGAUGAUGAGGAUGAGGAUGAGGAGGUGGAGGUGGAUGAUGAAGAUGGAGAUGGGGGUUUCAUAAUACCCCCUGAGCUGAGCAGCCCCAGCGAGUGCCAGGGCAGCAGCGGAGAGGACGCCUCCUCCCUCACCUACUCCUCCUCCUCCGAACACAUACCCCCUCCCCCCAUGACUCCCCCGCCACCUCCGCCCAUCCAAUUCAAUGAUCCUCCUCUACCUCCAAGCUAUACCGCCACCCCUGAACAGUCUCCCAGAAUGCAACUGCCUUUCCGCCGCCACCACGGGCCACCUCCGCCCCCUCCUCCUCGCUCCAACCCACCACCCAAACGCCAGUCCAUUCACAAGGUGCUUCCCACCCGGGAGGACCUGCUAGCCCAUUCUGCAAUGCAGGAACAAAAUGCGUACCAGGAGCAACAAGCUUACCAGGAACAACAAGCUUACCAGGACCAACAAACUUACCAGGACCAACAAGUGCAACAAGCGUACCAGGAGCGACAAGUGUACCAGGAGCAACGAGCAUUCCAGAAGCAACAAGCGUUUCAGGAACAAAAAGCUUACCAGGAGCAACAAGCACAACAAGCGCACCAGGAGCGACAAGCGUACCAGGAACAACAAGCUUACCAGGAGCAACAAGCACAUCAAGCGCACCAGGAGCGACAAGCAUUCCAGGAGCAACAAGCACAUCAAGAACAACAAGCGUUACAGAAGCAUCAAUCAUAUCAGGAGCAACAAGCGUACCAGGAGCAAAGUAUUUACCAGGGGCACCAGUCACUGCCUGCCCAGUCCUCGCACAAAGCACACCCUCUGCAGCAGCUUCACCAGUCCCUGCCCCCCCUCCCCUCUCCAGAGGCAGCCCACACCCAUCCAGACCUCCCAAACCACCCAGACCCCUCACUCUACCAGAUGCACCAAGCUCAACAACAGACUCGUCGUCAGAGCCGUCGUCAGUCUCACUCAGCCACAUCACCGUACAAUCCCCCAGCCCAUUCCCCUGUCCAUCCAGAUCAACAGAGUCAGUACUCGGAGGCAAUCUAUCAGAGUAUUCAUACACAGUCACAUCACUCAUCCAUGGAGCGCCUUCAGCAAGCUCAUCAGGUCCAGCAGCACCACUCCUCCAUGGAGCUGCUUCACCAAGCUCAGCAGGUCCAGCAGCACCACUCCUCCAUGGAGUUCCUUCACCAAGCUCAUCAGGUCCAGCAGCACCACUCCUCCAUGGAGCUCCUUCACCAAGCUCAGCAGGUCCAGCAGCACCACUCCUCCAUGGAGCUCCUUCACCAAGCUCAGCAGGUCCAGCAGCACCACUCCUCCAUGGAGUUCCUUCACCAAGCUCAGCAGGUUCAGCAGCCCCACUCCUCCAUAGAAUUCCUUCACCAAGCUCAACAAGACCAGCAGCACCACUCGUCCAUGGAGCUCCUUCACCAAGCUCAUCGGGUCCAGCAGCACCACUCCUCCAUGGAACUUCUUCACCAACCUCACCACUCAUCCACAGAGCUCCUUCACCAAGCUCAUCAGAUCCAGCAGCACCUCUCAUCCACGGAGCUCCUUCACCAAGCUCAUCAGAUCCAGCAAGAUCAGCCUGCAUCACUACCAGUACAUCUGGAUCAGGAGAUCCACCAGUCUCUUCAGAGCCAUCAGACUCACCCAUCUUCCCAGGCCAGCCACCAGGGUCAACAGACUCGUCAAUCUCUCAAGUCUCAUCGCACUCACCAGCCAUCCCCCCAGCGUCCCCACUCCAUCCAGCAGACUUACCACCACACUCCCCAGAUCCAGCACAUCCACCACCAGGUCCCUCCCCAGCCCACUCAGCCAGAGCUCCAUCAGAUCCACCUAAUCCACCAGCCCAUCCAGCAGCGCCACCACCCCCAGCCCACCCUGUCCACCUUCCAGCCCCUUCCACCCCACCAGCCCACCCUGUCCACCUUCCAGCCUCUGCCCCAACACCAACCCCACCAAACCCACCAGGUCCACCCCUCCAACCAGGGUCGUCCUCAGUCCCAGCCUUCUCAGCGGCUAUUCAGUCAAUCCCAGUCUCACCACCACUCCCACUCCCACCACCAACCCCUGCCCCAACCUCAGGCCAAGCAGCAUUCCCAGUCCCAGAAUAACUUGGACCAGUUGGGGAAACAGGAGCCCCCUCCUCCUCCGCCCCUGCCCCCUCCUGGAACCCCUCCUCCGCUGCCUCGCCCAGGCCUUCCGAGGAUGGACUCCAAUCAUAUGAGUGUAAAGAGGCUGCGCUGGGAACAGGUGGAGAACUCUGAGGGCACCAUCUGGGGACAGUUGGGGGAGGAUUCGGAUUAUGACAAACUGAAUGACAUGGUGAAGUAUCUGGAUCUGGAACUGCACUUUGGGACACAAAAGAACCCCAUUUCUCUUCCAGACCCAGCCCCUCAGUCGGAGACCUUCAAGAAGAAAGACGUAGUUGAGAUUCUGUCCCAUAAGAAGGCCUACAACGCAUCCAUCCUGAUUGCCCACCUGAAGCUGUCCCCGGGCGAACUACGCCAGGUGCUGAUGACCAUGGCCACAGAGCGGCUGGAGCCGACCCACAUCAAGCAGUUGCUGCUGUACGCCCCCGAUGCAGAGGAGGUCAAGCAGUAUGAACAGUACAGCGAGGACCCAGCCAAACUCAGCGAGCCUGACCAGUUUGUACUACAGAUGCUGUCAGUACCAGAGUACAAGACUCGUCUGAGAAGCCUCCACUUCAAAAGCACCCUGCAGGAGAAGACAGAGGAGAUGAGGGGCGGCUACGACUGCAUCUACAACGCCUCCAUGGAGCUCAAGACCAGCAAGAAACUGGCCAAGAUACUGGAGUUUGUGCUGGCGAUGGGGAACUAUCUGAACAACGGUCAGCCUAAGACCGGCAACAAAACCACCGGGUUUAAGAUCAACUUCCUCACUGAGCUCGGCACCACAAAAACAGUGGAUGGGAAAUCUACGUUUCUGCACAUCCUUGUCAAGUCACUGUGUCUUCACUUUCCCAACGUCCUGGAUUUUGCCAAGGACCUCACCACGGUUCCCCUGGCAGCCAAAGUGAACCAGAGGACCAUCACAUCUGACCUGAACGACCUUCACACCACUAUCCAGGACAUCCGAUCUGCCUGCCAGAAAAUGCCUGCCACAGCAGAUGACCGCUUCGCUGCAGUCAUGAGUGGCUUCCUGGAGAACAUCCACCCAGCACUACAGUCUCUGGAGUCCCUGCAGCAGAGGGCCAUGGAGGAGUGGUCCAAGACAGCCUCCUUCUUCGGAGAGGACAGCCAAGCCACCAACACAGAGUCGUUCUUUGGGAUAUUCACUGAGUUCCUCGCCAAGUUUGAGGUGAACCGCCUAGAGUUUGAAAGAGACCUCUGAAAUAGACAAAGAGCUCUUAGUGAGAACCAGGCCAAUGAGAACCCUCCUAGGAGUCCCAGGAGCCCAAGAAUGGCCUCACCCCUGGCCUGGUGAUCAGAGAGACAGGAAGAAGGGUUGGCAGGCAGGCAGACAGGCAGGCAGGCAGGCACACACACACUCUCUAUCUCUCUCUCACACACACACGGACAGGAGUGCAUGCGAAAAUCCACAUACAUGCACAAACACACAUACACACAAACACACAUACACACAAACACACAUACACACAAACACACAUACACACAAACACACAUACACACAAACACACAUACACACAAACACACAAACACACAUACACACAUACACACAAACGCACUCAUAGUAUUUCAAUUUUUGUAAUUCAAGAAAUGUAUAUUGUGGGAAUUAGGUUGUCUGCAGAGUUGAGCAUACAGGGCUUUAAUACGUGACAUUGUAGUUUGAAUGUCCAGCUAGUUUAACACCUCAAACUUUGUAUAUUUCAUGGCUAUAGAGUGUUCCUCUGGAACAGACAAAUUAAGCUAUACUGGAUCAAUGGUUUUGCUUUUUAUAUAUUUGUAAAUAAAAGUGUUAUACCAUUUAUAGAAAUGCAAAGAUUCAUGAAAUGGAAUAGGAAAGAGACUGACAUCAGUAACUAUUUGAACCCAGCUGUCUGAUAUACUGUAUAUGAAUGUAUGAUACAAUUAUAGGCUAGAAAGAUUAAGUCUACAGAACAUGAUCAGCAAUGGUAAACAGAAUACUGGAUCGUUUUGAGAGACAUACAGAUCUAAACUAUUGUUGCUAAAACAUGUAUUUGAUACUUCAGCAGUUAAAAGAGAUGACUGAAUGCCUGUGUCAAUGUGUCUGAUUUGAGAAUGAAAUGUGUAUUAUAUAUUGUACCACUAAAAUAUAACUGUAAUGAUAUAUGUAAUACAGGAUAUACAUAUUUAAGUAGUCAAAUAUGAAAUGCUUUACAAUAAUUAACAUUUUUUAAAUGAUUUACCUGUUCCAUAUUUUUGUAAGCCACCCACCACACUGAAUGUAUUUACAAGUUAUUCAUUUUGAAUGAAGUGUGUCUUGUACGAUAUCCAGUGGAUACUCAUUACUACUAAAGAAAAGGAAUGUUAUGAAAAUGAAAACACAUUUGUGCUGUUAACUAUCUGUUAACUAUCUGUUCCUCUCUGUCUCUGAUUGUGUUGAUACUGACCUGCUGUAAACGGGCAGUGUUCUAUUAUGAACAGUAGGAGGAUUUGUUACGUUUUCAUGAUCAUUUCUGCAUACUGCACCUUCACUUUAACCUCUACAAUUCAAUGAGGGGACACACUACUUUCUUGAAGCACAUUACUUAAAGGGAUAGUUCACACAAAUUAGAAAAAUGACAUUUUGGUUUCCUUACCCUGUAAGCAGUCUAUGGCCAAGGUACGACAGCAAUCCAAGCUUUGGUUACGUUUUCCUGGCACUGUUUCCACAUUCUAAUGUUUUAGCAUAUGUGGCUCAAAUCCCAUUCAAGUCAUGCGACCGAUAUUAGCAUUUUUCAUGCAUCAUGUCCAAAUAUCCAAGUAUCUUAAAUUGAUUGUGAAGCUCAACAAAGUCACUUAUACAGUAGAUGAUAUGAACAUGAUGCGUGUAAAUUAUAACAUCAGUCCUGUGACUUGAAUGGGAUUUGUGCCACAAAUGCUAAAAUGUUAGUAGUGUCAGGGAAACUAAACUAAAGCAUGGAUUGCUGUCAUACUUUGCCCAUAGACUGCUUGUAGGGUAAGGAAACCAAUAUGUCAUUUUGUAAUAUGGCUGAACUAUCCCUUAAACAGUAACUCUGUAGACUUUAAUGUCAUAGGAUGUUAAUACUUAACUUCAUCAAACCUUGUUUUAACAUAUCUUUGUCAUCUGAUACGGACUACUUCUGGACUGAUUGUGUAACUGACACAUGGAUGUUUUCAACCCAAACAUGGAGGACAUUUUACACAUUCAAUUAAAGCUACACUCCAGCUUUUCAGACAGUCGUUACAUGAGAGAAAUAGGACAUUCUUUAGAAUACAACUACUGUGGAUCAUUUUAAAUGAAUAAGAUAAGGCAGAUGUAAGAAGACGUGCUUAUAAUGUUAUUCAGAACAUGUCGAUAAGUUAUUGCCAUCAUUUGUUUUCUAACGGUAUGAUCUUCAUUUCUGACUUUGUCGUCUGGAUAGCUAUACAUAUUCAGCAAUGCGUUCUGGAAGUUGUUGCUCUCGGAUAAGUCUAUGUUUUGUAUUGUAACAGCCAACGCUGACAAAUAAAACGUCUGGUAUAAGAACAUUA